AUGUUUAUCCACGUGCCACCAAAUCAUCUCUGCUACCCUCGGCGGUGCCAGCUCAAGGAGCAGCUUUGGGAAGCACAAAGCUAUCCCCGCGAGGUCCAGGGUUGGAGCCCAAGCCAGUCAGUGUUUCCACGCCUCCUCCCGGCGAGGGGCAAGUCCAGAGGACUCACCCGGAGGCCACCCCUCCCUCCAGGAGUACCACGUUUCCUGUCAAAACAAACCCGAGGAGGAGGGGACAGCGGAGGCAGAGCCGAGUGCCCGGGAAACCCCGGCAACAAACCCCAAACACUCGCCGCGGGCCCCGCCCGGCCGGGGAAGGGGCCUCCGCAGCCCCGGUGGAAAGCCGCCCGCGGAGCAGGCGCUGGCCCCGGCCCGGCGGGCUGUGAGCAGCGCCGAAAUGCCCGGACCCCGCCGCCUCCGGGUCCGGCAGCCCGCGGCCACUCGCGUGCGCUUCCCGCUCCCACGCGGGACGGCAGUUCUAGGUCAAACGGGGACAGGGACGGGGUCGGGGUGAGGGGUCAAGCUUGUUGGUUCCUGGGCCCCGCGGUCUCAGGACGGCGUUCCGAGGUGGAGCGGGGAGGCCUGGGCUGCCCUGGGUUGAGCUGUCCCCUCUCGGGCCCUAGCUCAUUACCUCACAGACCGAGACCCCCUCCCCGGGGAAGGAUACGCACCGAGUCCGGCGCGGAGACAGGAGGAAAGCGACCAAGUGACCCCGAACCAGGGGUCUCAGGGAGUCCCCUAACCAAGCGCCGCACUACCUCGGAACUCCUCGACAACUCCAGCCCCUCGGCACCCUCCCCCCGCCCCCACACGCGGUAUUUAAAGGGCCCUGAGAGACUCCAGGGAAGAGGCCACUCCAAAACCCGUAAGAGGGAGGAUGACGGAGCGGCGGAGCCGGGAAAGGCAAGUCAUUUCAGGCUCCGAAAGCCGAAUUCGCACAUAAUUAACCUAAGACCCAAAGAAUAUUCCCGAGGUUCGUAUGGGAAAAGGUGAAGAUAGCUCGGGAUGGAGGCCGUUUCGCAUGAGAGAAGGAUGCUCCCCCGCGCAACGAGUGGGUUUCCCAAGGACAGGAAAGAGAUUCAUGGAGAUCAGUGGCCCUGCUUCCGUACCACUUCCCUGGAUCAUGGACCUCACAUGUUGCUCUCUUCCUCCUCCAUUGUCCAGUGACAACGAGACU